AUGCACAAUAUUAGUCGCCUCACCUUGGAGCUCCGUGAGAGCGACCGUGCCACCAUUGCAGAUCUACGAAAAGAAGUCCUUCGUCUCACCGCAGAGUUGAAUGAGAAACAAUCUCUAGUAUCCAAACUUUUUGAAGUCGCUGGUGGGCAGCACUCACGGCUGAUGUCACUGAGCGCUGCAUAUUGUGACACUGUCGUGUGGGAGAGAUCCGUCAGCUCCGGACCCUCCUGUUCUACACCUAAGCGCCCGCUUACGAAUAACGAGCCCGCGGAUUCCGAGGAGCCAUCCUGCGCCGUGGCCCAUGUCCUGAGUCUGGCAAACCGCUAUGCAGCCCUCUCCACCGACAUCCCGGCCCCCUCAGCAGAAUCCCUGGACACUGCAGCGUACUCUACUGCUCGAGGAUCCAAGUCCACUGCGAGGAAAACGCUCCUAAAGGAAGCAGUCCUCAGGCGAAAGAGCGGUCCACCAGCCAUGUUGGCCUGUUCCCCUUCUUUGACCCCAGUGCAGCAGCCUCAGACUGGGGUAGCUAGCCAUCAUCACCACCGCUCACCUCCACCGGGUCAGCAGCAGCGCCCAGAGCCAGCCCCUCUCACCGCUCCAGCGUCCCCGAGCACACAGCCGGCGCUCGGGUCCUGCUUCGGGUGA